CCUAUCGACACAGUAGUGCAAUACGGCUCACAAGCUAUAUCCGUCACUGCGAGAGGGGCGAGAUCAGCGUUAAAAUCUGUCAGACGAGACAGUAAUUCACUCCCCUGCGCUACCCUUGUCCUGUUGCCCUUCUCUGCAUUACCCUCUUCAGCACGGCUAUAAUUCCGGAUUUCUUCGUUCCCGGACAGGGAGAAGUGAGAAGAGCCCAGAGGGAGGAACUACAUCCAAGCCGGUUCACCAACGGAAGUCUUCAGAUUAUAUUCUGAUCUGAGCCUACAAAAAACUCCAAGCACCAUAGCCAACUAACCAACAAACAGAAAACACCAUGAAGAUUUUAGAUGCCCUCCUCUUCCCUGUGAUCUUCAUCAUGUUUUUUAUCCAUCUUUCCAUUGCCCAGACUGACCCUGAGCUCACAAUAAUGACCAGGUUAGGUCAAGUCCAGGGUACUCGCUUACCCGUCCCAGACCGAAGUCAUGUGAUUGCUUUCCUGGGUAUUCCAUUUGCAGAACCUCCCCUGGGAAAAAUGCGUUUUAAGCCACCUGAGCCCAAAAAGCCAUGGAAUGACGUGUUUGAUGCCAGGGAUUACCCUAGUGCUUGCUACCAAUAUGUAGACACUUCAUACCCUGGCUUUUCUGGCACUGAAAUGUGGAACCCAAAUAGGAUGAUGAGUGAGGAUUGCCUGUAUUUAAAUGUCUGGGUUCCUGCUACCCCUCGGCCGCACAACCUCACUGUGAUGGUCUGGAUUUAUGGCGGUGGCUUUUACAGUGGCUCCUCCUCACUGGAUGUGUAUGAUGGCCGCUACCUUGCUCAUUCAGAGAAGGUGGUGGUAGUAUCUAUGAACUAUCGUGUGAGUGCUUUUGGGUUCCUUGCCCUUAAUGGCUCUGCUGAAGCUCCUGGAAAUGUGGGUUUGCUGGACCAGAGAUUGGCACUCCAGUGGGUGCAGGAUAACAUUCAUUUCUUUGGAGGCAACCCCAAGCAGGUGACUAUUUUUGGGGAGAGUGCAGGUGCAGCCUCUGUGGGCAUGCACCUACUGUCACCAGAUAGUCGCCCAAAAUUCACCCGUGCCAUCUUGCAGAGUGGCGUGCCAAAUGGCCCUUGGGCUACAGUCAGCUUUGAUGAGGCCCGUAGGAGGGCCAUUAAGCUGGGCCGACUGGUGGGCUGCCCUGACGGUAAUGACACUGAUCUGAUUGACUGCCUGAGGAGCAAGCAACCACAGGAUCUUAUCGACCAAGAGUGGCUGGUGCUCCCAUUCAGCGGCCUGUUUCGCUUUUCCUUUGUCCCUGUCAUUGAUGGUGUAGUGUUCCCUGACACUCCUGAAGCCAUGCUUAAUUCAGGCAACUUCAAGGAUACUCAGAUCCUUCUGGGUGUAAACCAGAAUGAAGGGUCAUAUUUCUUGAUUUAUGGUGCACCAGGUUUUAGCAAGGACAAUGAAAGCCUGAUCACAAGGGAGGACUUCUUGCAAGGUGUAAAGAUGAGUGUUCCCCAUGCCAAUGAGAUUGGAUUGGAAGCAGUAAUCCUUCAGUACACAGACUGGAUGGAUGAGGAUAACCCCAUUAAGAACCGAGAAGCAAUGGAUGACAUUGUGGGAGACCACAAUGUUGUCUGCCCUCUGCAACAUUUUGCAAAAAUGUAUGCGCAGUACAGCAUUCUACAAGGCCAGACAGGAACAGCAAGUCAAGGGAAUCUAGGCUGGGGCAACUCAGGAUCAGCAAGCAACAGUGGCAAUUCACAAGUUUCUGUAUACCUCUACAUGUUUGACCAUCGAGCCUCUAAUCUGGUCUGGCCUGAGUGGAUGGGCGUGAUUCAUGGCUAUGAGAUUGAGUUUGUGUUUGGCCUGCCUUUGGAAAAAAGGCUCAAUUACACACUAGAGGAGGAGAAGCUCAGCCGACGCAUGAUGAAAUACUGGGCUAACUUCGCUCGCACAGGAAACCCCAAUAUUAAUGUUGAUGGCUCCAUAGAUAGCCGACGGCGGUGGCCAGUCUUCACUUCUACAGAGCAGAAGCAUGUGGGACUGAACACAGACUCUUUGAAGGUGUACAAGGGCCUGAAGUCACAGUUCUGUGCCCUUUGGAACAGAUUUCUGCCUCGCCUACUCAACGUUACUGAGAACAUUGACGAUGCAGAGCGGCAGUGGAAGGGCAGAGUUCCACGAUGGAGUUCCUACAUGAUGCACUGGAAGACGUUUGACCACUACAGCAAGCAGGAGCGGUGCACAAACCUCUAG